AUGGCGGCGCAAUCACUCGCAAACCAUGACCCAGACGAUCUCAGCGACACAUCAUCGGUAUCCGAUAUCCUUGAUACUCGCAACGACGAGGGCUGGGAAGAUGUCGAACAAGACGAAGAGUCCAUCACAGUAGUUUCACUUUUCAAGGACCAGACCUUUCCUAGUGCCAAGGAGAUGCUCAAUAAUUGCCGUGACAACCAUGGAUUUGAUAUUUGGAAAUUAAGGCAAGAAUUUGAUCUAGAUUUCCUGGGCUUGAUUAGACUUGUCAACUACGUUCGUUCAUCAGUCAAGGCGGGCAAUACUCGACCAGAUGUGUCUUCCAAGUUACUGUUCGAAGAUGAACAAUAUCUCAAACCAGUACUUGAAGAUGACGCUUUACUGUUCAGUCUUGACGACGUGUUUGAGGACUCUGCGAGCGGUGCUGCUCCGACGACAGAAGUUGAACAGCUUCGAGAGGAACUUACAUCAUUGCAAUCCCAGUUCACGGCGUACCGUGAGCAGGUGCAGAGCGCGCUAUUGAAUCGCUUGGAUGAUUCUCCUGCUACUCCUGCUUCCAGCAGCAAGGCCCCCGCCGCACAGAGCACGAACCAGUCCUCAAAGCAGGAAGCCUCAGACAAUAUCGAGGCAGGAUACUUCGAAUCAUACUCGUACAACGCAAUCCAUGAAUCGAUGAUCAAGGACACCAUUCGGACUGAUGCUUAUCGGGAUUUCAUCUAUGACCACAAGGAGUUAUUCAAAGACAAGGUUGUUCUCGACGUUGGUUGUGGCACCGGGAUCUUGAGUAUGUUCUGCGCAAAAGCAGGAGCGAAGUCUGUCAUUGCCGUUGACAAUUCGGCAAUCAUUGACAAAGCGCGGGAGAAUGUGUUUCGCAAUGGUCUGCAGGACAAGGUAAGAUGUCUAAGAGGCAAGAUUGAAGAGGUUCAGAUGCCAGUCCCAAAGGUGGACAUUAUUGUGAGUGAGUGGAUGGGUUAUGGCUUACUCUACGAAUCAAUGUUCGACAGUGUCAUCUAUGCGAGAGAUAGAUACCUCGCGGACGAUGGUCUUAUGGUGCCAUCUUAUGCAGCUCUUCGAAUCGCACCUCUAGCGGAUUCAGAUCUCAAGGCAAGUCAUAUAGAUUUUUGGAGAGAUGUGUACGGAUUCGACAUGACAGCAAUGCUGGAGAAAGCUAACGAAGAAGCAUUGGUCCGAGUUGUGGAUGAGAAAGAACUUGCGGCUGAAAGCGUUGCCUUUUUAGAGCUUGACCUCCACACAACGCAGGUGGGAGAUCUGGUCUUCACAAAGCCGUUUAACCUCAAGUGGAAAGAGGGAUUCAAGAGCCUCGAGGGCUUCGUGGCUUGGUUUGAUAUCAUCUUCGGCACGUCAAAAUCUCAAAACAUCAAGCCUGGAACCACGGCAAAGGAAGCCAAAUCCCAAGGCCUCACAGCAUUUUCCACAGGCCCACACUCUCAAGCAACACAUUGGCAACAAGUGAUUUUCUUGAUUGAAAAUUCUCAGGAUGAACUCACGGCUGGCGAUGAGGUCAAUGGAGAAGUAACAUACGUCAAGAAAGACGGCAAGGAGCGAAGUCUUGACAUCGAGAUCUCAUGGGCAAAGGGCCAGGAGAAAGCACAGAAACAGCUAUGGGUGCUUGACUAA